GGCAAACAGUUGGAAGAAGUCGCUGGCCACCGAGUUCGCAGUGUGAUUACGCAGAAGAAAGACACGUACGUAGGGUUGCAUGAGUACGUGUCUACCUCACUUGCUCAUUUUCUCCUUCUUCUUCUUUUUCACCGGUGCAAUCUCAUCGAAUAACCUCAAAUUUCACUUUGUGUUGAUUCUCUUGGUGGAAGAGCAAUCAAACAGAUAAUAGUGUGAAGAUGUUGAACACGAGCAGCGGCAGUAGUAGUUUGGAAGCAAAGCCGUCGUUGAUGCAGGAGCUGCGUAGCUUCGACAAUGGUGGCUUCUCCGACCUCGGCCACCCUCUCCUCAACCGCAUCGCCGAGAGCUUCGUCAAAGCUGCUGGGAUCGGAGCACUUCAGGCCGUGUCACGUGAGGCUUAUUUCACAGCCACUGAAGGAUUCGAUUCAAGUACCAAUGGUAUUCCACCCGAAAUCUCACUCUUAGGCAACAAAAAAAAACGAUUCCCUGAUCUCAGAGGUGAAAACAACAGAAAAUCUCUUGAAGCCAUGGUGAAGAAUACAGGAAAGGAAUCCUUACAAUGGGGACUGGCUGCGGGGGUCUAUUCAGGUCUCACAUAUGGCCUGGCAGAGGCUCGUGGAGCUCACGAUUGGAAAAACAGUGCAGUUGCGGGAGCAAUUACAGGAGUGGCCCUGGCCCUCACGUCGGAGGGUACUUCCCAUGAGCAGAUUGUGCAUGGCGCUAUCACCGGAGCUGCCAUAUCAACCGCUGCAAAUCUUCUUUCUGGGAUAUUUUAGGCUGCUGAUUGGGGUCAUAUGUAGUCCCGCCUUUUUUUUUUUUUUUGGAUAAUUUAGAGAUGCGACUUUACUGCCAUCCAUCUCUUGUUUAAGGAACUUCUGGUUAGGAUUUUGCUUUCUGGAUGCUUAAACUUACUGGUUUAGUAUCGAGGACUUCGGAUGAUGGUUAUCGAAGGUUCAUUUUUCGUAGUCGGGCAACCUUUUUGGCCUAAUUAAGCAGUGUUUUUGAUAUAUUAAGAUCAUUCAUGAAAGUAGCUCAUCAGUUUGUUAUGAGCAUCCUCAUCCAGCUCGACAGAGGACCCUUUUUCAGGUGUCAGCGGAGCCGCAGUCCUACCCUCGUCCCAGUUUUAGGGUUUCAUGCACGAGCCCUUAAAAACAGUACAUACUUCAGAAAAUUAGAGAAAAAAAAACAUAGAAUAUUUAUGAAUAUUACAACGUAUUUUCAUCGGAAUGAAUCUGCAACGAAGGCCAAAAUAUUUUGAAAAAAAAUAUUGUGGGAUUAAAGGAUAAAUAAUUGGUGUUAUCAGUGCAAAAGUUUUAGUUAGAAAUGUAUGAAGAGCACAUUCCUUCAAAGAACAGUUCUUUUUCUGCACUAAUUUGAUUUUGUAGUUUUGUGCCAUUCUCUUAUCUAUUUUCUAAAAACUAAAACUAAGAGAAUAAGCGUGUUGAAAA